AUGAAGCUCCUGAACAGCGGCUUCGCCGCCAUGGGCAUUGCCCUAAGCAGCCUGUCCGCAUCUGCGUCCGCCCAAAACAUGUCCUUCGGCGCCGACAACUUCUACCGCAGCCCCAUUGUCACCGCCCACCCCAUCACCUUCCCAACGCAGAACAACAUGACCAUUGCGGGGAACCUCUUCACGCGCAACAACCUUAGCCUCAGCUCGACCACCGGCGCCCUCCCCGCAAUCGUCGUCGGCCACCCGAUGGGCGCGGUCAAGGAGCAGGCCGCAAACCUGUAUGCGACCAAGCUCGCAGAACAGGGGUUCGUCACAGUCUCCCUCGACCUCCCCUCUUACGGUGGAAGCUCCGGAUACCCGAUGAACUCCGUCUCACCGGAUCUCUACGCCGAGGCAUUCAGCGCUGCGGUCGACUACCUCGGGGCCCAGACGUUCGUCAACCGCACGCGCAUCGGAGCGCUAGGAGUCUGCGGCAGCGGCGGCUUCGUCAUCAGCGCAGCAAAGAUCGAUCCACGCAUCCAGGCCAUCGCCACGGUAAGCAUGUACGACAUGGGCGCCGUAAACAGAAACGGUCUUCGACACUCGCAAAACGUCACACAACGCAAGGCAGUCCUCGCCGACGCAGCGCAACAACGCUGGAACGAGGUAGACGGCGCCGAAACGGCAUACGCACCCGGUACACCACUCAACCGCACUGCAUCCUCGAGCGCAGUCGAUCGCGAGUUCUUCGACUUCUACCGUACGCGUCGCGGGGCAUUUGUGCCGGAGGGAUCGACGUUCGAGCUCACGACGAGUCGGUCUGAGACCAGUAAUGUGCGGUUUAUGAACUUCUACCCGUUCAAUGAUAUCGAGACGAUCUCGCCGCGGCCCUUGCUGUUUGUUUCCGGGGACCAGGCGCAUUCGAGGGAGUUUAGUGAAGAUGCGUUUGCGCGGGCUGCGGAGCCGAAGGAGUUGUUUUGGGUGGAGGGGGCUGGGCAUGUGGAUUUGUAUGAUCGGACCGGGCUGAUUCCUUGGGAGAAGUUUUUUGGAUUCUUUAGGGUGAAUUUGUAG